AUCAGCUUUUGAUUGAGAACAAGAAAUCAAGAGGUUACUUCUGCAACCCCAACAACGUCAAAGUCAACAUUAAAACUCCAGUUGUCGAUUUGUGGACUUUUGUUAAUGAAGAUCAGGAUGAAGAUUUUGCGAUUGUGAAGCAUAUUUCUUCAUAACUAGCAAUGUCUCGAAUUUAACAGGGUUUUUUUUAGCUUAAUUAGACGAUGGUGGUUGAAAUGUCCUGGAGCUCAGCUCUUCAGAUACUGUUUUGCGUGGCUCUCAUGUUUGUGAUCAUAACUGGAAAUUCUUUUGUAGUGGCAUCGUAUUUUUCAAACUUAAGACUCCGCACUGGUACCUACACGUUUCUGGUGAGUUUGGCUAUCUCGGAUCUACUGGUGGGAUGUGUAUCUCUACCUCUGUGGAUAUACAUCAGUUUGACAGGCGCACAUUACAGACCUUUGAAUACGUUUUUCAUCUCCUUCGACAUCUUAAGUGCAAUGGCUUCAAUCUUCCAUCUAACAACCGUUAGCCUGGAACGAUGGUUAGCCAUUUCGCGUCCCUUUAUUCACGAAGCACUCUCCACGACACAUUAUACGAUAGUCAUAUGCUGUGUUUGGAUGACAGCUUCCGUGAUAGCAGCAAUUCGACCUGCCUUGGAUAAAUCUUCGAGUGACUCGAACAAUAGUCCAUACAGAAUUUACACUCCGUUUUUGUUGUUCGUUGGUUAUGUUGGACCAGGAAUUCUUGUGAGCGUUGUCAACAUUUCCAUUUUUAAGGUGGCUCGGGCGCUGAUCUCCAAUCUUCCAACAAUAGCAAAUCAGGAAGAAAGCAACAAAAUACGCAAGAACUUAAAAAAACAACGCCGCACAGCCCUCACCCUUACAUUUGUGACUGCGCUUUUUCUUGUUUCUUGGUUGUCUUUCUUUACAGUGAGCACCAUUUCGGUGUUUUGCAGAGAGUGCUUUCCUUUCCAUAAACUCUCGGGUUUUCUUCUGUUUUCAAAAUGGCUCCAGUACAGUAACAGCGCCAUGAAUCCAUUAGUGUACGCCUUCCGCGAUUUAGAGCUGCGAAAAACGUUUGUAAGGCUUCUAAGCCGCUGCAGACGCCGAGUGACGAUACGUCAAGCGCUUCGAGUGGCUCCAGUGAAUAUGUCCUUGACUCAAAGAAGUACGAGAUUUCGGACUGAUCCAACGACAAUGCUUAACGAAACCCAGGUAUAAUUGGAGUUAACAAGGAAAAAAAUGUUAAAGUUUUGUUUAUUUACAAAUUGCUCUUAAAAAACUGCGUUUGCACUUGGACCUCCCGUUAGUGCAGCCAACAGGCGGCUGGAGUACCAUCAAAAGCCAUGCAUCGGGAACCGAAGGUUCUCUUGGAUUCGAAUAGUUUUUAAGUAAUGAUUGCAAUACCAUUCGAAUAAUUGUAGAAUAAAGGGAGGAUUUCUUUGUGCGUCUAUCUUUAAAUACCCAAGAGAUCAUGUCUAUGAGAAUAAGAUCCUCAGAGGGGACAUUUUUAAUGAAUAUCAGGCUUUUGAUGAGAAGACUUAGGAAUCAAAUAAUGAUCAACUACGUCACACAGACUUCUUUUGAUAUUUCUCCAUUUUGUUUUCCGUCUCAUUUCACUCUAAAUGUAACUAGAUACGAAAUUAGAUUUAUGAAUUAACUCUUUACGCUUGCAUUGUAGCAUCAUUUAUUUAUUUAUUAGUGAUUUAUUUCGAUGUUCCGGCAUCAACCUCAAACUUUUUGCAAAAGGUUAUGAUUUAUAGUGCAUUCUGAACUAAAAUUCCACGUAAGCUGUAAUUGAUCGUUCCCAUUAUAUCAGCUAGUUAACAAAAGAUUGACAACCAGUCUAGAUCAUGAAAACACUAGUUCUUCUUGAUGAGUCCACUGAUUGCGAACAACUUUUUUUUCGGAAUCCCGCGAAUCUGUGUUUUUGUUUGGCAAAUAUAAUUUAGUUGAUAUGGUAACGUUCUCAGUUCCCAAGACUGGUAUUGUUGUCAAUAUAUUAAAGAUGCCAGGAGAUGUUAUUACUGAUCACCACUGGAGUGAAAGGGUUUUGAAAGUCUUUAAUUUUGGAACAAGCGUUAAAUCCUUGUAAAACGUUUACCCUAAUCGGAAAAAAGAAAAGAAAAUAGCGUAGCAGAAAUAAUGAAAAUCAUAUUCCUAGAGAGCUUUUUUGUGGGGGGAAAGCUAGGGCUGUAUCUAAAAUGUUACCAGAAUAAACCGAAUGAAAACAAAAACAGCAGGAACAAAACAAAAACCAAACAAAUAAGAAAAAAAACCGCGACAACUGAAAAAGCAAGAAAAUAAAUGAAGAGAAAAAUAUCAAAAACAUCAACAACAAAAUAGAUAAAAAAACACGUCUUUUGUCUUUUUAUUUAUAAUUGUAAACCAAAAUAUUUUGGUGGUAAUGUUAUUAUCUCCCACUAGUAAAUUGGGGCAGCGGAAGCUGGUUAAAAUUACUUAAUAUAGGUGUUGAAGCUUUAUAUUGUAACAUUUUGGUCUUGAAAUUAACCG